ACAAUGCACUUAUUAACAUUCGACUACGACAAUAUUACAAUCACAAAGGCCAGCUCAUACCGGGUGCACUCCAACGACACACUGGGGGUGAUCAGUCUCGGCAACUCCACGUUCCGAUACAUCAAAAGGAUUGGGACUCCGUCUUGGGGCACUGUCAUUCAGACAGUUGUGACAGUGCUGACACAGAACGUCAGUACCCCCUACAUUGUAGAUGUAGUUCUUGAGGAUGUUACCUAUGAGCCAGCCACCACCACGACGACUGUCUACAGUAAACAGGCCAUACACCGAAUAAUCUUUAUGGAACAGCCUGUUGAAGUCAAGAAAUAUACGUACACUGGUUCCAUCGACAACGCUUCUGCAAAGUAUUCGCUG